UUAUUCUAAUCACGCUUAGAUUUGAUUCAUUUUUCUAUCGACCUUCCUCAUCUUUUUUUUUUUUUCGUUUCUUAGAUCGUUUCUACGGUUUAGGGUUCCUUGUUCUUUUUAAUAAUUUAUGGAUCUGUAAAGUUCGGUUUCGAGUUUCGCCAUGUCUUUUUGUGGAUCUGUAUUUCAGUUUCUGAUUUGAAAUUAUUUCUUUAAAAGAAUCAAUUUUUCAAUGGUCAUUUUAUUUCUAGCAUUCGAUUCGUAAAAAAGAUUGUUUGAUCUGUAGAUCGUCUUUAGAGUUAAAUAUGUUGGGAAUAGAUUUCUUUUGUUCAUGUGUCGGCGUCAAUUUUGUAGAUUUCUUUGCAAUUUCAAGAUCUAGGGUUAGGUUUUUCUGAUAUUUGGGGCUUUUGGUUUUUUCGUUUAAUUAACUUAGGGGAAGGUCAAUUCGCAUCUAACAUCGCAAUCUUAAUCCUUUUAUUUCUUGUUAAUUAAGACGUAAUUUCCCAAUUGUAACCCGAUCGAUCAUUUCAAGAAAGGCCCCUUUUCCUAAGUACAACAUGGUACAUAAGCGGCCUUUUGCUGAGAAGGACGAGUUUGAGGUUUCAUUCAAGCAACCAAGACAAGUGGAACAUAGUGAUCCGCAGGUUUUAACUUCAGAACCUUUUUUUUCUGAAGCCCUGAUUUCCGAUGGUUCAGGUGAGGGCAGAUUCACAAACACUAAUAUUAAUAGCGAUGAGAAGCAUGCAAAUGCCUUUGAUACUGAACACCCUGGACAUGCUGAUGACUUUGAGAUCAAUGUUCCUGGCUGCAUUGCCAACUCUUCCCAGGUUACCUGUAGUGCCAGUGAAGCGGUCUCCUGGCCAGAAGAACCACUUCACAUCACUUCUUGUGGAGAAUGUUUUAACCCUGAACGUCCAAUGAGGAUAAUAUCUCAUUUGGAAGAUAUAUAUUCUAUACUUUUGCAAUAUCCUCCGAGGAAACCGGUUCUUGUUGGACCUAAUUACCAAGUGGAUAUUCCAGAAUGGGAAGAUUCACUGGUUGCAAGAAACAUUUGUUAUGAUACUGAUGUAUCUGAAACUGCUGCUGGUAGAUAUGAGAAUGAACUGAUGGGAACUUGUAUCAUUCCAAUGCCGGCUUUGGAGUCUUCUGUGUCUUAUGACAAAGUUGGACGUGGCAGAACUGAUUGCAAUUGUGAGGAUAAGGAUUCUGUCAGGUGUGUCAGACAGCACAUAUUGGAAGCGAGAGAAGAACUUAGAGAAUCGCUUGGGCAUGAGAGAUUUAUUGAGCUUGGUUUCUGUGAGAUGGGUGAAGUAGUGGCUGAUAAAUGGAGUGAAGAGGAGGAACAGCUAUUCCACAAAGUUGUAUUCUCUAAUCCUGUAUCCAUGGGGAAGAAUUUCUGGAAAGACCUUGCUUCGGUUUUCCCUUAUCGAACCAAAAUGGAUAUUGUCAGUUAUUACUUCAAUGUAUUUAUGCUGUGGAAGAGGUCAGUUCAGAACAGAUGUGCAUCAGUGAGUAUCGAUAGUGAUAAUGAUGAGUGGCAGGGAACUGAUGAUUCUGGCAACAAUGAAGUUUUCUCAGACGAAGAUGUAUGUCAAGGAGAUUUCCCUUAUCAUCAGAAUCAGGAAAGCGGAUUGUGUGUUUGUGAUGAGGAUGCUGCUGAUGAAACUUGUGAUAAUCACAGUAUAUAUUUCGAUAGUGCUGCAGACAAUAUCAAAGUUUCAGAAACGUAUUCGGGUAAGCUGUUUAGCAACCAAGGUCCCAUGGCUCAGCUGCAUGAAAACAAUCUCAAGGAUGAACAAGCAAAGCACAAGAAACUAGAGAUCCAAGAUGAUUCAUGCACAUCUUCUGAUACAGGGGCCGCAUCAUAAGAAACACCAGUGGCUGCUGACAACGGUGAUCAGCGGCAAGGUAACCCAAACGGGUUAAACAAUGGUGGCAGCCAUGGAUAUGUUUCAGAAUCAUGUGAUACUAAAGUUUGGGAUUCUGGAUAUACAACAACUUGCCAAAAAACCAAGAUGGACUUCUUACCUACAUGUAGUAUGAUUGAAGAAGUUUUUGGAGAUGGGUCUUGAAUUGAAUCUUUAUAUUAGAGAGCACAAUAUAUAUACAUAUGUAUGUAUGUAUGUAUGUAUAACUUUGAGCAGUUUUGUCUGAAUUGUUUUGCUGUGAUGGGUGGUAUCAAAAGAGGCUACCAUCAGAGAUUUACCGUUAAGGUAAAUCAUAGGGGAAUUCUCUCUUCUUUUAGAUUAAAUUCUCUUCAAUAAAUAGAAUUCAAAUUUUUUACUUUGUACAUAUAGACAAUUUUAGAAUAAUGAUAAUCUUUGACAUAA